AUGCGAAGCUGCAUCAACGCAUGGAUCGUGGUGGCACUUGUGGUUCCUGUGCUUCUCUCUCUCAGAAACCCACGAGGAGAAACUGACAACAAUGAAAUCCAAACCACUUCUUCUUCUUCUUCUUUCUCUGAUUCCUCUUCCUUUUCAGUGACUCUUGCAAACACCUUUCCCUUUAACCAAAGGAUUCGUGAUGGUUCCAAUCUUGAGUAUGAUUUCUAUAGGAACACGUGUCCCCAAGCAGAGGACAUUGUUCGUUCUGCGGUUACUCGCGUCUUCUUUGAUCACAGGGACGUUGCCCCUGCUCUUCUACGUCUCUUUUUCCAUGAUUGCUUCGUCCAGGGGUGUGAUGCUUCCUUGCUGUUGGAUGAAAACAAUGGCGAUAAAAACCGUUCGGUUGAGAAGCAGGCUGCGCCAAAUCAAACCUUAAAAGGGUUUGAUAAAAUUGACUUGAUUAAGGAGGAAGUGGAACAAGCAUGUCCUGGGGUUGUCUCUUGUGCUGACAUACUUGCUCUUGCAGCAAGAGAUUCCGUUCUUUUGGCUGGUGGGCCUUUCUAUCCAGUUUUAACAGGCAGGAGGGAUAGCCCUCAAUCGUUUUUCGCAGAAGCCACUGAUCAGAUUCCCAGACCUGAUGAUAGCGUUACACGCACGCUGCGUCUCUUUAGUCUCAGAGGAUUUAAUGAAAGAGAAACAGUUAGCCUUCUUGGAGGACACAACAUUGGGAAAAUUGGUUGUGAUUUUAUUCAGCAAAGGCUAUACAACUUUCAAGGCACAGGGCAACCAGACCCAAGUAUCCCUCUUGAUUUCCUGAGUGAAAUGAGGCAAAACUGCCCAGACAAAAGGAAUUCAAGUAGCAGUAGUGAUGAUGAUGAGUUUGUGAUUUCAAAGAGAAUGAGUAGUAUUGGUGUUCACUCCAACACAGGGAUGUCAUACAUGCAAGCAUUGUCAAGUUCAGUGUCAUCUGGUGCAGCAUUUGACACUCACUAUUACCAAAGCUUGUUAAGAGGAAGAGGACUUUUGUUUGCUGAUCAGCAGCUUAUGGCAGAAGAGAAGACAGCUAAGUUGGUUUCUGCUUAUGCUUCAGAUGAUGGAUCAACCUUCCGCAUGGACUUUGCAAGGGUUAUGUUGAAAAUGUCUAAUCUUGAUGUUUUGACUGGACUUCAAGGUCAGAUUCGUCUCAAUUGCUCCCAACCUUUGAGCUCUUAA